GCAACGUCUCGCCAGAGAGCGUUCGCUUCCCGAUGAGGUUCCGGCAAAACUGACGGAGCAAUGGUGGGUCCUGUGUCAGAAGGACCUUAGAGAUCUGGCAACUUGUUUCGUAUGCCGGCGUAAUUGUUUUGAGAAGUUCUCAUUUGCUGAGAAGGAACUAUUGUUGACAGAUUUCAACGAUACGCCCAACUAAGAUAGGCAGGAUUGGUACUUGAGUACUCACAUUCUUCCCUUCUUUCCGAAAGCAAGGAGACCACGUCCAAAUUUAAUUACCAAUCGUGGAAGGACAGCAAAUUAUUAUUAUAAGGCCCAGAUCCGGGAGACCCGCUGGAAGAGGUGGCCGCCCUGGGCGUCGAGUGGUCCCACCUGGACCCUGCGCAGUUCGGCGUCACGUGGGUCGUCAUGCCCGACGGCGACAACAGGCCGCGCGUCGCCAUGCUCACACCUCCCAACGACACGUCGCGCUUCUUCGCGUCCGCCAGCGCCGACGACGUCGGCUUCCACCUCUACACCAGGAAGAACCGCCACUCGUCGCAGCGGUUGGUGCCUGGAGAUAAGAAGCGCCUCAGUCGCAGCCCCUUCGACCCGGAGAAGGAGACGAAGUUCAUAGUGCACGGCUGGAUGUCGUCGCUCAACAGCACCACCGUGCAGAACCUCAAGGAUGCAUACCUGAAGGCUGGCGACGUGAACGUGGUGGCGGUGGACUGGGGCAGCCUGGCUUCAUCGACGCUGUACCUGGGGCCCAAGUGGAACACGUGGCAGGUGUCCGAGCGCGUGGCAGACUUGGUACGCUUCCUGGAGGGCACAGCAGGUGGGAACCGGGCGCGGAUGCACGUGGUGGGCCACAGCCUGGGCGCGCACGUGGCCGGACAGACGGGACACCGCCUCGCACAGGACGGCGGCCGCCUCUCCAGGGUCACCGGGCUGGACCCGGCGAUGCCGGGCUUCCUGUGGGUGGAGUCCGAGGAUGGCCGCCUGGACGCGUCGGACGCCGACUUCGUGGAUGUGGUGCACACGUGCGGCGGCGUGCUGGGCUACUCCAGCCGCCUGGGACACGCGGACUUCUUCCCCAACGGCGGCACGCCGUUCCAGCCCGGCUGCGGCGGACUCGUCGAGAUCGCCCAGGCGUGCAGCCACGCGCGCGCCCACGAGUUCUUCGCGGAGUCCAUCACGGCUCCCGGCGACGCCUUCCUGGCCGUGCCCUGCGACUCGUGGGGCAGCUACAAGGAGCGCAAGUGCCGCGGCCAGCCCGUGCCCAUGGGCGAGCGCGUCCCCCGCACUGCUUCUGGGAUGUUCUUCCUGGAGACAAAUGGAACUGCCCCAUUUGCACUUGGUCCAAGGUCUUGGUUUAAACGAGCAAAGAAGAAAUCAAAAAAGAAGACUUCCUCAUCAAAACCUGCUGCUAACUGAAAGCCUGCUACUAAUAUGUUCUGAACCCUUUGGUAAUAAAGAAUGUUCUCUUCCGUCUCAUGUUUAAGUGAACCUUAACUCCUAUCACACGAUAAAUUGGCAAUGGAACAUAAAUAAUGAUGUAGAUCAGAUGCUUAUGACAGGAAGUCAGUCAUGGGUGUGGACUUCAAUAACUUACUCAUAUUUAAUGAUAUAAUAAACUCUAAUAUACAUUUAGCCAAGUGGUACACAUGGUUUUGUGUAACUUACUACUUGCUUCCUUUUGUUUGAGAAAUUGAUACAAAUGGUGCAGGUGAGUUACAUUUAAUAUACUACUAGUUAUUUUAAAGUAACUUGUGCCAAGCACAUACAGCAUUCAAGUGGCCUUAAAGAAGUUUAGUUGGUGAAAUGUUUUAACAAGUACCAGGAGUCCAGAAUGAGAUUUUCACUCUGCAGCGGAGUGUGCGCUGAUAUGAAACUUCCUAGCAGAUUAACACUGCGUGCCGGACCAAGACUCGAACUCGGGACCUUUUCCUUUCACGGGCAAGUGCUCUAUCAACUGAGCUACCCAAGCACGACUCACGCCCCGUCCUCACAACUUUAUCUCUGCCAGUACCUCGUCUCCUACCUUCCAAACUUUACAGCGCACACUCCGCUGCAGAGUGAAAAUCUCAUUCUGGAAACAUCCCCCAGGCUGUGGCUAAGCCAUGUCUCCGCAAUAUUCUUUCUUUCAGGAGUGCUAGUUCUGCAAGGUUCGCAGGAGAUGCAUUCAAACAAAUGAAUGCAGAUCUCUAAAAAAAAUGGCUGAUCACCUUACAAAUUCUCUCAGAGAAUGCCUCUACUGACUCAUUUUGCUUCUGUGUUAGUCCAAUGAGCUGAUGCCCAAUAGCUUUAAAAAUGCCCUUCAGCCAGCUGGUCAAAUGUCUGGGUUUUACUAAGGGUUUCAUAGUGUGCGACGUACAUUUUAGCAUCACAUGUUAUCCGUAACUUAGCCAUAGACAUACAUGUCACAUCAGAACAAGUCCCUAACUGAGCUGCUUCCCUCAUAUCAUCCAAAAAGGCUGAUAUAUCCUCAGAUGCUUUCACACAAAAAGGCAUAAUGAGACUAGUUGCCAUAGGAUCACUGGAUGGGACAGGUAUGUUCCCUAAGGUCUUGGUAUCCCCUCCCUGGAAUUGUGUCAGCCCCCUUGCAACCUGUAAUGCUUCCAGUUCUUUGUGCAACUCCUCAUUAACCCAAUUUUGUUCUACUUCAUCCUGGAGUAACGUGGCUGCCUGACCCUUUUAAACCCAACAUCCUCAUUUAAAGUUGCUGUAUGUGUUUCUGGUCGCUGAGAAACCUCCAUCUUGAAUUAUACUACAGACCAAGUAGGAACACACAUACCGACACAAUGUCAAUAAGCAAAAACAAUCACAUUAAUUCCUCCUACAUAUCAUGAUCCAGCAGGGCUCACUGCACUGAUAUGUUUCAAGGACAAACCUUCUACAAGUUUCACUUGUUACUGGCACUGCCUUAGUACAUGGUAAUUCGUGCACUGAUAAAUCACAAUACUGGCACCUAGUCAGCCGUAAGUACUCUUCCCUGUGAUAGGUCGGCAUGUUCCUGUGAUCACUUCCAAGUUCCUAUGCAGAUCCUUGUGACUCAAACAUGGCCUCAAAACAUAAGAAGAAAGGAAAAAGGCCAAAAAAUUGGUUUCUCACCGAACCGCAUAACGACAGAUGUCUAUAGUUGCUGAUGUACAGGUGUGGCUCCUCAGCAGCAGCACAAGCCAUUGUCAGCACUUCUGACACCAAAUUUGUAGGAGCCCACCAGAUGCAGCCUCCUACAUGGGUGUAAGACAGCCAUGCUGAAGUGUGGUCCUGUGAUGUGCUGAGAUGCUAAUGAGACAUCAUUCAAGUAACACUCUCUUUUAGUGAGACUUUCUCAGUCGCUCUGUCCUCUUUCCAGUGUGGCCUAGCAGCGGCCAUGCUGAACCUUCAUCGCACCGAGGCACCGGGUAGCACAUCAGUGCCCGGCAAGGAAUAUUCAGGCACUGCCACUGGCGUUUUCUGAGGUGAAUUCUGUGCCAACACCACAGGAGGUAUGAGGCCAUCUUGUUCCUGCAUCAUGGUGAGGUUGUGGGCAUCUGUCAGAGCCUCAGAGCGCUGCACAUAGGCUCGGCCCCAGAAAUCUUUGUGCCCAUCAUCAGUUGUCAUGUUGGCACAUAGGCUGAAGACCCGACAGUGACAUGGAGGACAGCUGGAGAGGCAGUCCCAAUGUAUAGCUAGUACAGCAAUAUUUGUGCUGCCCUGGU